AGCAGCGCUCCAUGAAAAGAGGAGACCAUAAAAAAUGCCCAAGCAAAGAGCGCCCAUCUUCGUAAGAGCUUUGAAUCUCUUAAAUAUCCCCAUGUUUAUGGCGAAAAUGGGUAAACCCGUCUGCCGAAAGCUCAUUUUCCUAAAGAAAACCAGGAAGUUCAAGAAGCUAAAGCUUCUCAAGUACUAUAGCUACGCCUUCAUUGAAGAGUACCAGUUUUCUCCUUCAAACACUCCUUUGAUCCAUUAUUACAGAAAGCCAUACAAGAAGAGAACCCGUGGCCGAGAUAUCCAUUCAUUGUUCUUCCUCUGCAGUUGUUCUGGUGGUUUGCGGGUCGACGGAGAAUAUGAAGAAAAUGGACAAAAAGAUUUUGCAUUAGAAUCUCCACCUGUCAUUGCUGAUGGUACUGCAAAAGAGUUGCCUGAGCCAUUGGAUUCAGAUGAAGAAGAUGACUCUGUUGAUCAGAAGGCAGAGCUGUUCAUUCAGAGGUUCUAUGAAGAGAUGAGAAUGCAGAGUCAGGAGUCGGUUCUUCAAUACAAUGAAAUGUUGGAAAGGGGUUGCAAUUGAAGAAUUUCUUUUUACAUUUGGACUCGUUGAUUCAAAGA